UGUAAAGUUCUGAAUUACAACCAACACAGAAGUCAGUGUCAAUGGACCUUCAUAGAGCGAGAAUCCUCAACCACAUGGAUUGUAACACUGAUUGUCGACAUUCUAAGGAUGGGAAAGUUAAAUCUUUCAAUGAAGAGCGGCUGGACAGUGGCCUCGACUCUCUCAAAGAUGAGGAAUAUAAAGUUGUCGUCUGUGAGCUCGAGCGUCUUCGUGUGGAUUGUCUCCCACCGCAGAGAGACGAAUGCGGCAAUGAACCGUGGAAGGAACACAUUUCAGAGGAUGGAGACACGCUUCUCCACCUUGCCAUUAUCCAUGAAGCCAAGGACUGUGCAAGGAAGAUGAUAGAGCUGUCAUGCAAUGAGCCUUUCCUCAAUCAAUAUAACCACCAGAGACAGACUCCUCUCCACCUGGCUGUGAUCACAGAGCAGGCUGAGAUAGUGGAGCGUCUCCUGAAGGCUGGCUGUGACCCCACGCUAGUGGACGACAGUGGCAACACAGCCCUUCACAUCGCCUGCAGGAAGGGCUCUCUCACCUGCUUCAGUGUCCUCACCCAGACCCAGGGCUGCUCUACCCAGCUCCCAGCCAUUAUGGCCACGCCAAACUACAGUGGUCAGAACUGUUUGCAUCUGGUCUCUAUCCAUGGCUUCCUCUCGCUAGUGGAGAGCCUUGUUGAUCUCGGAGCUGACAUCGAUGCACAGGUAUGCAUGCAGCAGCUUAGUCUUUCUUCAACCCUACCCUCACAAAAGUCCACUCAUUUGACUAUAAUGUCAUGCACAUUUAAUAAAAAGCAUCCAGAUGAUGUGUAUUUUCCGUUAACUUAUUUGGUACUUGUUUGUCCCUUGGUGUUCCAGGAGCAGUGCAAUGGCCGCAGCCCUCUCCACCUGGCUGUUGACCUACAGAACCUGGACUUGGUGCUGCUCCUGGUCAGUAAAGGGGCGAAUGUCAACAGCCUGACCUAUGGCGGUCACACGCCGUACCACUUGACAUAUGGACGCCAGAACGCCUCCAUCGAAAGGGAACUGUAUGAGCUGACAGCUCAGGAGCUGAGAGAACUGCCAGACAGUGAGUCUGAGGACAGUGAGGAAGAGGAGGGACAGUCUGAUGAUGAAGUGGUGACAUGUUGGUAUGAUGACGUUCAAUGGAAUGGGUGCCAUUAGAAAAUAGACCACAGAACCUCCAAAGAACAGUAGUACAGGCAGAGACAGAAGCUCAUCUGUGCACAGGCUUUAGCUUUGGUACAGUCGCAUGCCGAUGUGGUGCCAACCUCAGAGGUAGAGGAUGGCAGAAGACUGGUACAGCAGGGGUACAACAGACUGAGAAAGUGAUGAUGGACAGUGUGAACCACUGAGAAGAUGCCAGAUAAACAAAAUGGAUGCCAAUAAAUAAGUCUUUAUGGCUCUGAAAGAGACUCAUUAUCACAGCAUACAUCCAACCAACGAUGUAAUAACACCUACAUGUAUGAUAUUGUAAAUGGAUGUGAAUACAAAGAUUUAUAUUUUUAAAUGUGUAAAGUUUGACUAUUGUAAAUGAUUUCCAUUGUUUGUGGAAAGGUAAAGCAAGCCACACACUCCAGUAAAUUAAAACAAUACAUAUUUAACAUGG